CACCUAAAAUACCUAAAAUACACUUUUGUAGAAUGUAGAGUAAUAAAUCACCUAAAAUAUUGCAUUACCAAAAAAAAAAAUCAUUACAAUAUUAACCUACAUUGUUUAUUGAGUUUGGUGUAAUCUUCCUUAAGAACCUCUCCCCGUCGUGUAAAUCGGUUGGAGUUCGUCGUUGCUGUUGUUUCAUUUGCUGUCUCUGUUGAAUUGAGAUAGCAGCAGUCUUGAUUUUUGGAUGCUUCUACUUUGAAAGAAGCUCAAAGUGAUGGACUUGGAACAUCGAAAUUCAUCAUCUGAUGAUGACCAGCAUUUUUUGCUUCACUUCAUUAUGGGAAUGUACUUAGGACCUGAUGUAACUUUUGAUAACCCAAGAAGAUCUGCAUUUCAAAGAGUAUCUGAAGAUUCUCCACCAUAUACAUCAAGUGAUUUAGGCUCAUCUUAUGUUAGUAUAGUUUUGCUGGAGAAUUUAUAUUACUAUGUCUUAAGAAAAGCUCACCCUAGCCUGAGAUUGAAGCCAAAUAUGUUUCAUAAGUAUCUAAAAGGCAUUGCAGAAAGAUGGCGUUUCACAAGCCUUUUUCCUUUGGAUCUUCAUGAACAGAUAUGGUUUCCUGCAAGCUUUAGGAUUGUGAAAGGGGUCGUACUUAUUAAUGAUCCUGUUAUGUCAAGCAUGGAACAAAAUGAUUUAAAUAAGUUUAAGGUUUUAUCUUGCAUAAGUGAUUUUAGGAUAGAAAUGGACGAGUUACUUCAUUAUGAACACGAGAAUCAGCACCAACACCGAAGUAAUGGUGAGAAAAAUUGCGUGAAUGGGAACGAGACAAUGAUGGGAGGAAGUUCCAGUGAGGGUGAUUAUUUGUCACUAAGAGAUCAACAUAAACUUAAGAGAAGGCGGGAAUGUGACCCUCUUCCGAUGCCUGCAGUUUCAUACUCUUCUCCCAUGGCUAAACAUCAUAUCCAAGAAGGAGAUUUCCAAAGAACAUGUAUAUUUGAUGGACAAGCCGUCAUGUCCAUUCACCCUCUCCCAGAAUUGGAGAAUUGUACCUCAGAACCAGGUGCUUCUAUUGCUAUUUCUGGGACUGCUAGAAAAGGAAAAGUUGGGCCACCAGUGGGAGUUGUGGAUGUUGGUGUUAGCAAAGAUGCAUAUUAUUUUCGAGUUGCUCUGCCAGGGGUCAGGAAGGACUACUGUAAAUUUAGCUGUGAGAUCGAAUCUGAUGGGAAAGUUCAUGUUGAAGGAUUGGUGAGUGGAGGCAAAAGUAUAAAGAAACCUCUGCGCAUAUUUGAGAUGAACUUCCAACAGUUAUGCCCACCUGGACCAUUCAUGCUGUCUUUCAGUCUCCCAGGACCUGUAGAUCCCAGGCUCUUUGCUCCUAAUUUCAGAUCAGAUGGCAUUUUUGAAGGAGUAAUUGUACAUCAUGCAACAAAGAAGACCUUAUGCAUAUAUGUAGUUGAGGCUGCAAUGUCCUUUGUUUGUCAUAGUGAAUCUUGGACUGACAAGAUAAGAAAAUUGAAGAUGAGAGAAUGUGGAAUCAUCUCCAGAAUCAAAAGGAAACGUAUUUUUGUUAGUAUGGAUGCGCAAAAGUUUGCUGAGAAUCCUCAAAUGGAAGUGCCGGUUGUUCAAACUGGAACUGCAAAGGAAGGUAGUGCUGGACCUCCGGUCGGUCUUAUUGAUGUUGGCGAGAGUGAAGGUGCUUACCUUUUCAGAGUUGCACUUCCUGGUAACAGGAAAGAUCAAUGCAAUAUAAAAUGUGAGAUUGAACGGGAUGGAAGAGUCCAAAUUGAAGGGGUGAUGAAUAAUGAUGAUGUAGGUUUAAUGAAAGAGUCAUCAACCCCAGAUGAACCGUUUAACAUUUGGUUUAGGCUGCCAGGUCCUGUGGAUCCGCGUUUGUUUUCUCCUAGUUUUCAACCAUUUCAUGAUCAUGGUAUAUUGGAAGGGGUGGUUAUGAAACACACAGCUAUACCUCCACAACAACUUUCCUGAUCAUUAUCUGAAGCUUUUGAUUUGAAUCUGCCCUUGCAAAGAUUACUUGCCUGGACUAACACUAAGACAAUUAAUUAUUAUUAUUAUUAUUAUUAUUAUUGUAGAAACUAACUAGAUCCUUUUGUACCUGUUUUUUGGGUUUCUACUUUUUAGUUGAAGAACCUCAUGGCCAAAUAUUAUAGCCUCUAUUUUGAUUUAUAGUUUUAACUUCUUUUUUUUUUGA